AUGAUCAAUUUUAUAAAUUAAUAUUCGGCUCCGUAAUCAAAAAAUUCAAAUUCAUAUUAUAUAUAUCACCGGCUUAUUUCGCUCCUUGGGACCUUGGGAUGUUUCGAUCCAGAGUAAAUGUAUCAAUAUUGGGCCAAUGUUUGCGAUGCUGGCAAUCGUCUCAAUCAACACAAGUGCGUUCAUUUAGAGUGACUGUGGUGGGGGCCAGCGGUGGCAUUGGUCAGCCCCUGUCCCUGCUCCUAAAGACGAAUGAUCUAAUCAGUGAAUUGGUUCUACAGGAUCUUGUGGAUUCACGGGGUGUGGCUACCGACCUGUCCCACAUAUCGACACCAUGUCAGAUCAAGCACACAUUGGGCAAAAGUGAAUUGGAUAAAGCCAUCAAGGGUUCCGACGUGGUGGUAGUUGUAGCUGGAAUGCCUCGUAAGCCGAAUAUGGAUCGUGAUCAUCUAUUUGAUGUUAACGCUAGUGUGGUUAUCGAAGUGGCCACUUCAGUGGCCAAAAAUUCACCUCAUGCCCUCUUGGCAGUUGUCACAAAUCCUGUCAAUGCCCUAGUCCCAAUGGCAGCCGAAAUACUGAAACAAAACGAUGCCUACGAUCCGAAACGUUUAUUUGGUGUGACCACUUUGGAUGUUGUGCGAGCUGAGCAAUUCGUAGCCGAUCAUAUGAAUUUGAAUCCAAAGAAAGUUCAGAUUCCGGUCAUUGGAGGUCACACAGGUCCAACCAUAAUGCCAAUAUUCUCUCAAUGCCAACCAGCCUUUCGGGGCGAUGAUGAAUGCAUUGCCGCACUGACCAAACGAAUUCAACUCGGCGGCGAUGAGGUGGUUGUUGCCAAGGCUGGCAAGGGUUCCGCCACCCUUUCAACAGCCUAUGCCUGCUUUCGCUUUGUCAAUGCCAUGCUAAUGGGUCUGAAGGGUAUGGAUGGUCCACCGGAAUGCGCCUAUGUCGAAUCAUGUGUCACCGAUGCCACAUUCUUUGCCACACCAUUAUCUCUUGGUCCGAAGGGUAUCGAGAAGAAUCAUGGUCUACCGGCCAUGAAUGAUAUAGAAAAGCAGGCUAUGGAAAAAUCAAUCGGAAUAUUAAAAGACUCCAUCGAAAAGGGUAUUAAAUAUGUUCAAAAGUAAAAGACACAAAAAAGACAAUCAAUAAAAUACUUG